UGGACCUUUAUUGUAAUUUAGACCGUAGCACUGUGCAGUGUCGCUGACAAGAGAUUAGGCAGCAGCACUGAGACUAAAGCAAAAGUCGCAAAGCCCAUUUCGGUGUUUAAAAGCAUGAAACUCUCAGAUUUUGUAUCAUGUCAUGCCACUUUUAACCAACUGUUUUAACAGAAAGUCUAAUUGCUGUGAAAGUGGGGGAGGAUAUGAGUUAUGCAGUGGUACGCCUUCCUGCUCUUCCAAAUCUUAAUGGGUCUCUUUCUUCAACCACUAGCGGCUCGUGUAAUUUAGCAGAACAAAGGUGGUGGGGAGGAUGCUGCUAACUGUGUGGGGAUGAAUCCCACAGUUGCUGCGUUUAAAUGGCGUUUGCUUAUUGCAUAUGACGGCACCCAUUAUUCAGGUUGGCAAUAUCAGCAGUCACCGCCAACCAUACAGUGCAUUUUGGAAAAAGCUUUAAUUCAUGUAACAAAGCUAGAGAGGAAGGAUCUCUCUUUGGUUGGAGCAAGCAGGACGGAUGCUGGGGUUCAUGCCUUGGGUCAGGUGGCUCACUUUGUCACACCUUUCAACUAUGAUAGCUUGGAUAGCAUUCAUGCAGCUUUGAAUGGUCUUCUGCCUGCUGAUAUCCGAGUUAGAGAGAUUAGUCCUGCAGUGCCAGAAUUCCAUGCUCGAUUUUCAACAGAAAGCAAGAUUUAUCAUUACAAGAUAUACAAUGACACUGUCAUGGACCCAUUUCUGCGCCACUAUGCUUACCAUAGUGCUUAUAAACUCAACGCUACUGCCAUGAGAGAAGCUGCAAAGCACUUUAUUGGAAAGCAUAAUUUCUCUGCUUUUGUUAAUGCAUCACACAAUGAUAGAGUGCGGGAUCCAGUGAAGAAUAUACUUAGUUUUGAUGUCAAUGAGAUGGGGCCUCUUUUACAGCUAGAAGUUGAAGGCACAGGUUUCUUAUACAGACAAGUUCGUAACAUGGUUGCUCUGCUGCUUCAGAUUGGAAAGGAAGCAAUUCCUCCUGAUAUUGUCCCCAUGAUUUUGGCAACACAAGAUCGUAAAGAGCUUGCUAAAUAUGCCUUGUCUGCCCCACCCCAUGGGCUAUGUCUCGUGAGUAUUAAGUAUAAUGAACAGCAUUUACGCCUUCCGUCAGAUUGCCCACUAACCAGCUUUGGUAGGCAUCAUACAGUGAGAAAAUGUAAGCUUCCAUUCUACUAAAUUUCGAUUGUACCAAAACAAUAUUCAAAUGAUUAUUUUAGAGCCAUCUUUUGCCUCUCAA